UGGGUACCUGAUCAGUAUCGGGAAUCUUGCUGGAUAUACGGCGCAGACUGCACUGCAUGGAAGGUGUUAGGAAUCCAGUUGCCUUCCCUCGGGAGUCACCUGUGACUUCCUUAGUGAAGCGACCAAUUCUCCUGUGCGCAUGCACUGCUGUUUGGACCCCUCCAGUUUUUUUCCUCUCUCCGCCAGCUGGCUGGCUUCUGGGUGUGUGUGGAUGAAGAAGAGAGAUCGGAGCUUGGUACCACCGGCUAACAGCAUCUUCCCCGGGUGCUUUCUGCUCAGAAGGAGACUCGUGUCAGCGUGAUGCACAUUUGUAGCCGGAGAACGGAGCCAGGUUUCCAUUCAAGAUUCUGGGAUCUUGCCGUUUAUAUUUAGAGGGCAGAUAUUCUGCAGCAGGGAAAUGGCAGCUUCAACGCCAAAAUCAACGUGCCCCUCGAAAAAGAGAGUGAAAAUCCACCCAAACACCGUGACUGUGAAAUACACUGCACAUUAUCCACAACCUGAGGAUGAGGGCUUUGAAGAGACCUAUCACGAUACAGAAAACUACAUGGAAGACAAUCCCAAAAAAAGACUCCUGAGUGACACAAAAAGGCGAGGAAGAUCAUUCUUUGGGACAAUUAAUGUUCGUCAGAGUUCAUCAGAUGAACAGAAAGAUAAAGGCAUAGUACAGCCGACAGAAAAUGUUGGAGAGAGUGUGGCUUCUGCACCAAGAAUAACGUGGGUGGCUCUGUUUGGGGCUGCCCUGGCCCAUGGUUGCGUUGCAUUGAUUACUAGACUUGCAGCUGAUCGGUCCAAAGUGCCAUCUCUUGAACUCCUGUUCAUUCGUUCUGUUCUUCAAGUCUUCGCUGUGGUGGUUGUCUGUUACGGCAGCGAGCAUCCUCUUGGACCCAAAGGAUACAGGAUGCGUCUCUUUCUUUACGGGGUAUGCAAUGUCAUUUCCAUCACCUGUGCGUACACCUCCUUUUCAAUUGUACCCCCAAGCAACGGGACCAUUAUGUGGAGAGCCACCACUACAGUCUUCAGUGCCAUCCUAGCCUUCCUUUUGGUGGAUGAACGGUUGGAGUACACUGAUGUUGUAACAGUGAUCUGCAGUGUAUUUGGGCUUUGUCUAGUCAUGAUCCCUAAUAUCGUUGAUGAAGAUGAUUCAUUGGUGGGCAGAUGGAAGGAAGCAUUUGGCUACACCAUGACAGUAAUGGCGGGGUUGACCACAGCUCUGGCCAUGAUCAUUUACAGAGCUAUUAAGGACAAGGUUAGUAUGUGGACUGCCCUUUUCACCUUUGGAUGGACAGGUACAGUGUGGGGUGUGUCCACAAUGUUUAUCUUGCAAGAGCCUAUUAUACCACUGGAUGGGGAAACCUGGGGAUAUCUAUUAGGGAUCUGUAUUUGUUCUACGGUGGCUUUCUUAGGUGUAUAUUAUGCAUUGAAUCGAUUCCACCCAGCAUUAGUUAGUACAGUUCAACACUUAGAAAUUGUAGUGGCCAUGAUUCUCCAGUUACUGGUCCUCCAUAUGUUUCCAACUGUGUAUGAUCUUAUCGGUGGAUCAAUAAUCAUCUUCAGUGUCUUUGCAUUCACUGGUUACAAGCUUUAUAGGGUUAAUUGGAAUAAGAGGCAGGAUUACUUGGAGAUAAUAAAUUCCCCCAUCAAAUGAAUGUUGCUAAUCUUGUGAAUAAUUGGAGAAUUAAAUGGGAUCAAGCUGCUUUAUGAGUGUCAAACGUGCAAUGUUCUUUGGUAUUGUGUUGUCAGAGGAUGGUCUACUGCUGUGAUGUUCUCAAUGUUGUAUGGAAUAAAAUGUGCAACAG